AUGGACGGCCUUUCGGGCGCAGCAAGCGUCAUCGCGGUAAUUGACAUAUCCGCCAAGAUCGCCUCGCUCUGCUACCAGUACUCCGUGGCUGUCAAGGACGCGAAGGAUGAUAUCGAGCGUGUGCGGAGAAAGGUCAGCGACAUCGCCCACAUCCUGGAGAAGAUUAAGCAGCUUCUCAACAGCGAAGACAAGACGCGGCUCCCUACCACUCAGGGCCUGUUUAGCUCGCUCGAACAGUGCCUAGAGGAGCUAAAGAAACUAGAAGCAAAAUUAGAUCCGGGAAAAACUCGCAAGACUAUGAGCCGGUUCGGCUUCCGUGCGCUCAAAUGGCCGUUCACGAGUAAGCAGGUGGACAAGAUUGUUUUAAACUUGGAAGGAUACGAGCAGACAUUCAGCUUGGCAUUGCAGGUCGAUCAGACAGUCGUUGUGUUCAACAUAGACCAGAAGCUAGACCUAGCCAGACUGCCUAUCGCGAUAGGCGCCUCCUUCAAUUCCUACAACGAAGAGCACAACGCACGAUGCCUACCGAACACCCGCACCGAGCUGCUAGACGAGAUCACAACAUGGGCGAACAACAAGGAUGGCAAGUCCAUAUUCUGGUUGAGCGGCAUGGCAGGCACGGGAAAGUCUACGAUUGCGCGGACAAUUGCAGAGUCAUUUGCCGAUCACGGUCAGCUAGGAGCAAGCUUCUUCUUCAAGAGAGGUGAAGGCGAGCGUGGCAAGGCCUCACGGUUCUUUACUACCAUCGCCACUGAUCUAGUCGCCUGUGAGCCAGGCAUGCUGCAAGGUAUUAGGAAGACGCUCGACGAGGACCCGGCUAUCUCAAACAAGGCUCUAAAAGACCAGUUCGAGAAGCUGAUCCUGCAGCCACUUCUAGGGAUAAAGCAGACUCGUCCGCGGGUCUCGGCGCGAGUUGUCGUGAUCGACGCGCUAGACGAAUGUGAACGCGAAGCAGAUAUUCGGGCGAUCCUCCAGCUUCUCGCUCGGACAAAAGACCUUCGCCCAGUGCCGCUACGGAUCGUGGUCACUAGUCGACCAGAGCUCCACAUCCGCCUGGGCUUUAAGGAGAUGGCGAACGGCACGUACCAAGAUCUAGUCCUCCACGAGGUACCAAGGAGCACGAUUGAACAUGACAUCCGUCUUUUCCUAGAGCAUGAGCUUGGUAUAAUACGAAAAGAGCGCAUGCUAGCCUCAGACUGGCCAGCGCAACAACAGAUCCUCGCGCUGGUUGAGCUGGCUGUGCCGCUGUUCAUCUACGCUGCCACCGUAUGUCGGUAUGUUGGCAGCAAAGGAAGCAGUCCUACGGCUUUUCUGAACAAGGUCCUGCAGUAUCAGAAGGCAACCUUUUCGCAGCUAGAUCGGACGUACCUCCCUGUGCUCGAUCAGCUGGUUAGUGAGCAGGAGGAAGACGAGAGGGAGACGUGGCUUCAGGCUUUCCGAGAAGUUGUCGGCAGUAUUGUUGUGCUUGAAAGCCCACUCCCUGCUGUCUCGCUUGCCCGGCUGCUUCAAGUUCCACAAGAAGAGAUUCAGUGUCGACUUGACUCUUUGCACUCCGUUCUUAGUGUUCCUAACAACAAGGACGCGCCUGUUCGCCUCUUGCACUUGUCCUUUCGCGAGUUCCUUGUCAACCCCCAGAAACAAGGAAAGAGCCUGUUUUGGGUGGAUGAGAAAAGCACACACCAGAAGCUUGCAUCUCGCUGCCUUGAGCUUAUGUCUGGAUCUAGCGGUCUUCGUCAGGACAUGUGCGGCCUCUCAGGCCCUGGAGUGCUGAGGGACGAGAUAGAUGAGCAGACAGUUGCUGGCAGUCUGUCACCUGAUCUACAAUAUGCGUGUCGCUACUGGGUUGAUCAUCUCAAGCAGGGCGGGCAAGACCAAGUGCCAGAAAAGAUCAAGAUGCUGUCUAUGAAAGAAGCAGACUGGGACGCAUGUCGCAGCACGCUGGAGGGCCAUUCUGACUAUGUCAGGGCGGUGGCCUUCUCGCCAGACGGGCAGCUGGUCGCGUCGGCAUCCAACGACAAGACAGUACGGCUGUGGGAGGCGGCGACAGGGACGUGUCGCAGCACGCUGGAGGGCCAUUUCUCCUAUAUCAGGGCGGUGGCCUUCUCGCCAGACGGGCAGCUGGUCGCGUCAGCAUCCAACGACAAGACAGUACGGCUGUGGGAUGCGGCGACAGGGACGUGUCGCAGCACGCUGGAGGGCCAUUCUGACUAUGUCACGGCGGUGGCCUUCUCGCCAGACGGGCAGCUGGUCGCGUCAGCAUCCAACGACAAGACAGUACAGCUGUGGGAGGCGGCGACAGGGACGUGUCGCAGCACGCUGGAGGGCCAUUCCUCCUAUAUCAGGGCGGUGGCCUUCUCGCCAGACGGGCAGCUGGUCGCGUCGGCAUCCUGGGACAGCACAGUACGGCUGUGGGAGGCGGCGACAGGGACGUGUCGCAGCACGCUGGAGGGCCAUUCUGACUAUGUCAGGGCGGUGGCCUUCUCGCCAGACGGGCAGCUGGUCGCGUCGGCAUCCGACGACAAGACAGGUGGCGACAUCGCAUAA